AUGAGUCAGGACGAUAUUCUUCAAUCAGCAAAAUCUGUCCUACAAGGUCUUGAUGCAUUGAAAAAUGAACAUGGAAAAAUUCUUGAGAAUAUUUCUUUUUCAACCGAGAUAAUAUCAUCAACAAAUAAAACUGAAGAAAAAGUUGAUUUAUUACAAAAAUCCAUGGAUAUGAUUGAUUUAGGAAUUGAUGAAGCACAAGUCAUGAUGCAAUUAAGUAAUCAUUUACAAAAUGUUGAAGCUGAAAAACAAAAAUUACGUACACAAGUUAAACGUUUAUGUCAAGAAAAUGCUUGGUUACGUGAUGAAUUAGGAUCAACACAAAAGAAAUUACAUGAAUGUGAACAAACAAAUGCUUGUUAUUCAGUUGAACUUGAACAUUUAAAAUUUUUAAAAGAUGUUAAAUUAUUUGAUAUUGAAAAUGAUAAUUCUAUGAAAAAUCUAGAUUCAAGUAAUCAACAAAUCGAUGGACAAGAUCUUGUUAAUGAUUUAUUUCCAUUAGAUGAUAAUGAACAAGAUAUUAGUUCAGAUAAUCAACAAAUUUAUUCAAAAAAAUUUGAUUCCUACAAUGAUUUACUAAUAUUACCAACACAAAAUACAAAUGGAUCAUUUAUUUCAACAACUGGUUAUGAAAUACCAGCUAGAUUAAAAACAUUACAUAAUUUAGUUAUACAAUAUGCAUCUCAAGGACGAUAUGAAGUAGCUGUACCUUUAUGUCGACAAGCAUUGGAAGAUCUAGAAAGAACAUCAGGACAUCAGCAUCCUGAUGUUGCGACUAUGCUCAAUAUUCUUGCACUUGUUUAUCGUGAUCAAUCAAAUUAUAAUGAAGCGAUUGUAUUACUCAAUGAUGCUCUUAGUAUUCGAGAAAAAACACUUGGCUCUGAUCAUCCGGCUGUAGCAGCUACAUUAAAUAAUCUUUCUGUUCUUUAUGGUAAACGUAAUAAAUUCAAAGAAGCUGAGCCAUUAUGUAAGCGUGCACUUGAAAUUCGUGAAAAAUGUUUAGGUUUAUCACAUCCUGAUGUUGCUAAACAACUUAAUAAUCUUGCAUUACUAUGUCAAAAUCAAGGAAAAUAUGACGAUGUUGAAUUAUAUUAUAAACGUGCCAUUGAUAUUUAUACAAAAACUUUAGGUUCAAAUGAUUUAAAUGUAGAUAAAACAAAAAAUAAUCUUGCAUCAGCUUAUCUUAAACAACAAAAAUACAAAGAAGCUGAACAAUUAUAUGAAGAUGUACUUACAAGUGCCUAUGAAAAAACUUUACAAUCAUCAAUGCAAAAUUCAUCAAUAGGAAAUUAUAAUUCUCAGAGUAGUUGGUAUAAACCUGUUCAUGUUGAUACACCAGCAGUAACAACAACAUUAAGAAAUCUUAGUUUAUUAUAUCGAAAACAAAAUCAACAUGAUGUAGCUGAUAGACUUGAUAAUUGUGCAUUACGUGCUGGUAAAGAAGCUGAAGCUAUUGUUCAAGCUUUUCAUAUUGUUAAACAAACGAACAGUUCAUUUUAG